ACCCAAAAGAAUAAGAAAAAAAAAUUGCGCAGAGAGAGAGAGAGAGAGAGAGAGAAAAGCAAGAGAGAUAGGCUGGGAGAGAGUUUAGAGCGAGAAAGGGUUUUCGGUGCAAAGCGAGAGCGAGAGCCGGCGAUAUAGAGAACGCUUUAUUAGAUAUCUUUGUUUCUUUGCUCUUCUUCUUCUUGCCAUCGGCGAAAGGAAACCCCAGCGAGUGACGAACCCUAUCAGCCUUCCCAGAUCUGAGUCUCCCACAGAGAGAGAGAGAGAGAGAGGGGGGGGAGAGAAUGAGUGGGAGAGGAGGAGGUAGUAGUGGGAAGGGAAGUAAUGGGAUAUCGGCAAUCCCAGCGGCGUCGAGGAAGAUGGUGCAGAGCUUGAAGGAGAUUGUGCAUAACUGCACCGAGCAGGAGAUCUAUGCUGCUCUUAAGGACUGUAACAUGGACCCCAACGAGGCCGUUAAUCGCCUCCUCUCUCAAGAUCCCUUUCAUGAGGUGAAAAGCAAACGAGAAAAGAAAAAAGAGAAUAAGGACACAACGGAUUCCAGGUCUCGUGGUGCUAAUAACGCUUCAAACCGUGGCGGUAAGGGUGGCGCAGACCGUUAUGUUGGACGUGGCGGAUCAAACCAGUUUACCUCUACUGAGUCUGGUAGUUUAUAUGGUAAACCUGCCUACAAGAAGGAAAAUGGAACACAUGCUUAUGCAGGCUCUUCAUCUUCUGGAUCCAGCAUGGCAGGAAAUAACAUGAGUCGACGACCUCCAUCAUACAGUGAAUCUGUAGCCAUGGAAAAUAAAGUGUCGAUAGUGGGCACAAGUAAUGGAAUAUCGUCAUCAACACAGCCUUCUGGAUUUCCAUCUGCCUGGCUGGGCGUCCCUGGUCAUGUAUCAAUGGCUGACAUUGUUAAGAUGGGUAGGCCACAUGGCAAUGCUUCCACUGUGCCAAACCCACCGAUCUACGGUGUCAGCCAUCAAAACGUUUUGACAACUUCUGCAGCAACACAUCAUAAUUUGCAUCCAUUGCAAGAUCAUGCUUCCAAUGUGUCAGACAUAAAUGCUGAGCCAGGAUUUGCCACAAGCCAGCACCUUCCUUCCGAUGAUGACUGGCCUGCAAUUGAGCAACCAGCUGCUAUUCUGUCCUCUGUUGUAGAGGAAUCUUUAGAUUCUGAGCCAUACGCAGAUCCAUCUAACAUAUCCUCGGAUAGAGGUAAUCAACAUACAAAGUCCCAAUUAGAUGAGGUUCGGGUAGCUGAUGAUUUGGCUGUUGAGAUGCUUAAUGCAAACCAUGUUGGACCUACUUCUGUGUCCAGUAGAAAUAUGCUAGAGGACAAUUCUGGAGAUGCAUCUGUCUUUGAUAAUAGCAUAUAUGAGGACAUGGAUUCCUACCAACCUCACAAUCAUGAUUUGGAGCAUAAUGAAGCGGAAGAUGGUCUUUCAUUAGUGGCUGCAAAUUUGCAGCAACUGAAUUUACGGAAAGAUGAUCAGGCAGCACCAUCUGAAGAGGAUAACCCUCCUGUAAUAAUUCCAAAUCACCUCCAACUCCAUACCUCUGACUGCUUGAACUUGAGCUUUGGGAGUUUUGGAUCUGGCACUGGUGCUGCCUUUUCUGCGUCUGGUUCAUUUGCUAAUAGGCCCAUGAAAUCUGACUUGGAGGAGACAUCUACAGCAGCAGAUGUUUCAUCAAUUGGGCACUCAGAUUCUAGAAAACCUGAAUAUUAUGGGGAUGAGCAUCUCGGAAGUACCACAGAUGGAAAUCUAGUUCAUAGAACUGUUGGGAGCACUGCAAAUUAUGAUUCUCCUUCAGCUUCACAACCAGAGGCAUUGAAGCAGGAAACCCCUGAAGUUGCUCAUGGGAAUCAAUAUGCAUUCCCUUCAUCUGCACCUGAUUUUGCAUAUGGAAGCACCCAACAAUUCAAUACUGCAUUUACUCAUCCACAGACAAGCUCACAGAUGCAGAAUCUUGCUUCUUUCUCAAGUGUGAUGCAGGCAUAUACAAAUUCGUUACCCAGCACUUUGUUGGCUUCAACUGUCCAGAAUGCAAGGGAGGAUCUUUCAUACUCACCCUUUCCUGUGACACAGUCAAUGCCCACAAAAUACAGCAAUGUGGCUUCUUCUAUCAGUGGUCCUACCAUUUCCAUGCCAGAGUCUUUGGGCGCUGGUAGUAUUUCUACACCUCAGCCUACUCCACAGACCCUGCCUGGUGCCAGCGUUGCCACAGGACCUGCUAUUCCGCAACACCUUGCUGUGCACCCUUAUACCCAACCUACUCUUCCUUUGGGACAUUUUGCCAACAUGAUCGGCUAUCCAUAUAUGCCGCAGAGCUACACAUACAUGCCCUCGGCUUUCCAGCAAGCAUUUGCUGGUAACAGCACAUACCAUCAGUCUCUGGCAGCUGUGCUACCACAAUAUAAAAACAGUGUUUCUGUCAGUAGUUUGCCUCAAUCUGCUGCUAUUGCCUCUGGAUAUGCAUUUGGGAGUUCAACCAGCAUUCCUGGCGGAAACUUUCCUCUGAAUGCACCCGCCGCACCUACAGGCACAACUGUUGGCUAUGAUGAUCUUAUAAGUUCUCAGUACAAGGACAGUAAUCAUAUGAUCUCGCUUCAGCAGAAUGAGAAUCCAGCCAUGUGGGUUCAUGGGCCUGCUGGUUCGCGAACAGUUUCUGCACUUCCGAACACAUAUUACAGCUUCCAGGGGCAGAACCAACAGUCUAGCGGGUAUCGGCAGGGUCAGCAGCAAUCGCAGCAUUUUGGUGCUCUUGGUUACCCAAAUUUCUAUCAUUCUCAAACUGGGUUAUCAAUUGAACAUCAGCAGCAAAAUUCUAGGGAUGGAUCCCUUGGGGGAUCUCAAGGCCAACCACCGAAGCAGUCUCAACAGAUAUGGCAAAACAACUACUAAUCUCAGUCCCCUCCUGGUUUUUCAGGGUCUUGUAGUGAGUGUGAAAGUGGUCAUUCAUAGGCAUUCUGCGCUCUAAUAAUCUCUCACGUUUCAUUGAUUGGUCUGAAGAGACCUUGACUGGCUGCUGCCCUGUGCCACCGAGGUUGUAUUCUACAUAUUUAUGUCUUGUUAUGUUUAACCUAGGAACACGUGUGCUAAUUUUGAGUUAGUGGACUAUGCCGAUUCUCUCUUUCACUGUUUUUUUCUUGUCUCUCUUGUUGUACUUGAAACUUGUUUUCCGUUUGGUUGGAGAGUCCUUGCUAA